UCGAGUUCUCCGCUAGAGCAUCAUCCAAGGGCAGGCGCUGCGGCACUCGUGCCUGGGUGCUCCCUGCCACUGAGUGGGCCGGCUCUGAGCCGCCUGAAAGGCCGGAGGCCCGGACUCACGGCCCCUCCUGCCCUCCUCGCUUCUCCCCGUCAGCAAAGCCAGCCCAAGGGCCCGGGGGAGAAGCCCCCUCGCAGCAAGAAGGCCAAGGAGCUGAAGCCCAAAGUGAAGAAGCUCAAGUACCACCAGUACAUCCCCCCCGACCAGAAGCAGGACAAGGGGGCGCCCCCCAUGGACUCCUCCUACGCCAAGAUCCUGCAGCAGCAGCAGCUCUUCCUCCAGCUCCAGAUCCUCAACCAGCAGCAGCAGCAGCACUACAACUACCAGACCAUCCUGCCCGCCCCCCCCAAGCCUGCAGGGGAGCCCCAGGGGGGCAGCAGCCCCUCGUCCUUGCGCGCUCUCCCCGCCGCCGCCCUGGGCGGCUCAGCCUCCUGCCCUCCCGGGCCCAACAGCCUGGGGCGCCAGAACUCUGUGAGCGGCAAGCUGGGCCCGCUGCCCUCCAACCUGGAUGACAUGAAGGUGGCCGAGCUGAAGCAGGAGCUGAAGCUGAGGGCGCUGCCCGUCUCGGGCACCAAGACGGAUCUGAUCGAGCGCCUGCGAGCCUACCAGGAGCACGCGGGGGCCCCGGGCCCCGCCACCGGCCCCCCCAAGCCCGGGGCCACCCCCAUCCUGGCCAAGGCGGGGGAGGUGGUGGUAGCCUUCCCGGCGGCCAGGCUGAGCGCGGGGCCCGCCCUGAUGGCCGCCGGCCUGGCCCCCGCCGAAGUGGUCGUGGCCACGGUGACCAGCAACGGCGUCGUGAAGUUCGGCAGCACCGGCUCGACGCCCCCCGUGUCCCCCACGCCGUCCGAGCGCUCCCUGCUCAGCACCGGCGACGAGAACUCCACGGGCGGCGGCGGGGGCGCGGGCGACGCCUUCGGGGAGAUGGUGACGUCGCCCCUGACGCAGCUGACGCUGCAGGCGUCCCCCGUGCACAUCCUGGUGAAGGAGGAGCGGCCGGCGGCGGCCCGGCCCGAGGGCCGCGACAAGGACCAGAUGCUGCUGGAGAAGGACAAGCAGAUCCAGGAGCUGACGCGCAUGCUCAGGCAGAAGCAGCAGCUGGUGGAGAUGCUGCGGCUGCAGCUGGAGCAGGAGAAGCGCGCCCAGCACGGCCAGCAGGUGGCGCCGCGGCCGCAGGUGAAGCGCGAGGGCGGCCCCUCCGGCUGCCGCCUGGCUGACACCCCCGAC